AAUGAAUACGUACUCCUCAAUAGGCAUCUAUCUUUCAAGAAAGACAUCCCCAAAACCUACGAAACUCUACACUUUUUCUUCAUUCCCAUCCCACCGACCGACAGACACAAUCAUCAUCGGAAAAGAAGAUCAGACAGGCCGGGCGGUAUGGGAAUAGUGGAGGAGGCACACAACGUGAGGGUGGUGGGGUCGGGGCCGCGCACGGUGGUGCUGGCCCACGGCUUCGGGACGGACCAGUCGGUGUGGAAGCACUUGGUUCCGCACCUGGUGGACGGCUGCCGGGUGGUGCUGUUCGACAACAUGGGCGCCGGCACCACCAAUCCCGACUACUUUGACUUCGACCGCUACGCCACGCUCGAAGGCUACGCCUAUGACGUCAUCGCCAUCCUUGAAGAGCUCCAGGUCCACUCCUGCGUUUACGUCGGCCACUCCGUCUCCGCCAUGAUCGGCGUCAUCGCCUCCGUCGCCCGCCCUGACCUUUUCACCAAACUCGUCACCAUCUCCGCCUCUCCCAGGUAUUUGAAUGAUGUGGACUACUAUGGAGGAUUUGAGCUAGAAGAUUUGGAGCAAUUAUUCGAAGCGAUGCGAUCAAACUACAAGGCAUGGUGUUCAGGGUUUGCACCGUUGGCCGUCGGCGGGGACAUGGAUUCCGUGGCGGUGCAAGAGUUCAGCCGGACAUUGUUCAACAUGCGACCCGACAUAGCAUUGAGCGUGCUCCAAACCAUAUUCCGCAGCGACCUGCGACACGUGUUGAGUCAUGUGACGGUGCCAUGUCACAUUAUCCAGAGCAUGAAGGAUUUGGCGGUGCCGGUGGUGGUGGCGGAGUACCUUCACCGGAACCUUAGCUGUGAGUCCGUCGUGGAGGUGAUGUCCACCGACGGUCAUCUGCCGCAGCUCAGCUCACCGGAUGUUGUGGUCCCCGUGAUUCUUAGGCACAUUCAUCAUGAUAUAGAGAUCCAAAAAUGAUAAUGGGUUCUGAGAUUGAUCCAAUCAAGUGUAAUGCAUGUACAAAUUGUUUCAUUGUUUGUUCAAUUCGAAUAUUUUAACUCUGAAUUUCCUUGAGGUUUUAACGGAGAAAUUUAUUUUCACUUGAUUGAAUAAUAGACUAGACUCCUUCAAAUU